GCCUGCACUAUAUAAACCCAGUCUGUGUAUCACUGGACAUCAGUCUCACUCCUCUCUCUCUCAACUGAACAUGGCUUUCAAGGUUUUUGUCCUGACCGCUCUUGUGGCUGUCGCCUUGGCUGAGAAGCUGCCCUCCUACAGGCCUCCAACCCCUGCCUACAGGCCUCCUGUCCCUGCCUACAACGCCCCACGUCCCUCCUACAGCGCUCCUGCACCUUCUGGUGUUCCCCAGUACAACUUCAACUGGGCCGUGAAGGACGACUACUCCGGCAACGACUUCGGCCACGACGAAACUCGUAAUGGCUACGACACUCAGGGAUCCUAUUACGUCCAGCUUCCCGACGGUCGCCUGCAGAGGGUUUCCUACACUGUGAACGGUGACUCUGGCUUCCUUGCUCAGGUUGAGUACCAGGGAGAAGCCCAGUACCCAGCCUACCAACCAGCCCCGGCCUACCAGCCUGCCCCAGUCUACCAGCCUGCCCCAGCCUACAAGCCCGCCCCAGUCUAUGGUUAACUCAGACACAAAUGUUAAUUUUGAGUCUUAAAAAUAUAUAAAUACAGUUGAAUGUAUUCUAUGUUAUAAUAUAUUUUUAAACAAAA